CCUCUGAUGUCAUCGAUGUGCGACUUUACAAGUAGUUUUCGAACAGGGGAAGCUAACGUUCGUAUGAAAGGUAUGCCAAUGUGAUCAUGGCCAGCAGGCAGUGGUGUGAGGGUCACUCCACCCCAGUGCUGUGUGUGGGGGCCUCUGGGGGUCCGGAGGGUCUCCUAGCCUCUGGCUCAGAGGAGGGUGAGGUAACAGUGUGGAACCAGGAGGGAACAGUGUUAGCUAGUCUCCGUCUGCCCAGCGGGGAUGAUGUGACCAGCGCUGUGUUCUCGCCGGCGGCUCCAGGCCUGUUGUAUGUGUCCCACGGAGAGAUGGUGAGCGUACUGGACCCUAGGAGCCUGAAGGGGGCGGUAGAGGAGCUGCAGGGUGCGGGAGAGGAGGAGAUCAACUCUCUGGCUCUGAAUGAGACAGGCUCAGCUCUGGCCGUGGCUGAUGACUCAGGAGUGGUGAGGGUGCUAGAGCUGCCGGGGGGCAAAGUAAACAGGACGCUCCGCAGACACACCAACAUCGUCUCAUCUGUGGCUUUCCGCCCUCUCAGGCCCAACAACUUGGUCUCAGCCGGGCUCGACAUGCAGGUGAUGUUGUGGGGCUUACAGAAGACCCGCCCCGUCUGGACCCUCAACCUGCAGGAAGUGGCUGAGGAAGAGGAGGGCCAUCAGCAGAAGGCCGGUCAGCUCUUCAACCCACCUCUGGCCCACUGCGUCUCUGUAGCAACCUGCGGGAAUGUUUUGGCCUGCGCCGCCGAGGACGGACGUGUGCACCUGAUGCGGGUCGGCAGUGGCUCCAAACUGGACCAGCAGGGGGCCAUCAAGGCCCACAGCCAGGGAGCCUCACAGGCCCACUUCCUUAGCUUCUUACCCCACCCAUACUGGCUGGCCACUGGGGGCAACGACGGCAUGGUGGCCCUCUGGGACCUCAGUCAGAACCCGGUAGUUACUGUUGAGGAUCAGGGCAAGCCACAAGCAGCACCAGCCCACCGCAGGAGACCCAAGGCCAGGGCUAAAGCCAAACUCCAGUCCCAGGCCAAGCCCCAGCAGGCAAAAGAGGAGACUAAGAAGGAGAGGGAGGAGGAAGAGGUGGAGGAGGGCAGCAGAGUGGAUCAGUCACCAGGCACAGAGGAGGCCCUGAAGUCAGGACCUAAACUCAGCUUCAGCCAUGGGGACAAGGUGAACUGGGUGUGUCCCACUCUGCUGAGAGGGGAGCCCAGCCUUGUGGUGGCUGACCAGAGCCCUAACCUGUCUGUCUACUCUCUGGCUGGUCUAUAGACCUAACCUGUCUGUCUACUCUCUGGCUGGUCUAUAGCCCUAACCUGUCUGUCUACUCUCUGGCUGGUCUAUAGACCUAACCUGUCUGUCUACUCUCUGGCUGGUCUAUAGACCUAACCUGUCUGUCUACUCUCUGGCUGGUCUAUAGACCUAACCUGUCUGUCUACUGUCUGGCUGGUCUAUAGACCUAACCUGUCUGUCUACUGUCUGGCUGGUCUAUAGACCUAACCUGUCUGUCUACUCUCUGGCUGGUCUAUAGACCUAACCUGUCUGUCUACUCUCUGGCUGGUCUAUAGAACUAACCUGUCUGUCUACUCUCUGGCUGGUCUAUAGACCUAACCUGUCUGUCUACUCUCUGGCUGGUCUAUAGACCUAACCUGUCUGUCUACUGUCUGGCUGGUCUAUAGACCUAACCUGUCUGUCUACUCUCUGGCUGGUCUAUAGACCUAACCUGUCUGUCUACUCUCUGGCUGGUCUAUAGACCUAACCUGUCUGUCUACUCUGGCUGGUCUAUAGACCUAACCUGUCUGUCUACUCUCUGGCUGGUCUAUAGACCUAACCUGUCUGUCUACUCUGGCUGGUCUAUAGACCUAACCUGUCUGUCUACUCUCUGGCUGGUCUAUAGACCUAACCUGUCUGUCUACUCUCUGGCUGGUCUAUAGACCUAACCUGUCUGUCUACUCUCUGGCUGGUCUAUAGACCUAACCUGUCUGUCUACUCUCUGGCUGGUCUAUAGAACUAACCUGUCUGUCUACUCUCUGGCUGGUCUAUAGACCUAACCUGUCUGUCUACUGUCUGGCUGGUCUAUAGACCUAACCUGUCUGUCUACUCUUUGGCUGUAGCAAUAUACAGACUGUCUUACCUUGUAUUACUUAGUAGUUUAAGGGGCCCUCCUUCCUCUGAGUUUUGCUCACUGAGCGAUAGUAUCAUCAGCCUGUCUGUGUAAUAAGACUGGCAGACAGAACCUUCUUUAACCAGAGGCAUCCACCUAAAGGAGGACUGAACAACAUCUUUAUCAGCAGGGUUCUCCCCUUCAAAAAGACUGAACCACUGACCAUCUGAUAGGACUGUACCAUGACAAACCAGGGGGGUGAAGACCGGACCAUCUGAUAGGACUGUACCAUGACAAACCAGGGGGGUGAAGACCGGACCAUCUGAUAGGACUGUACCAUGACAAACCAGGGGGGUGAAGACCGGACCAUCUGAUAGGACUGUACCAUGACAAACCAGAGGGGUGAAGACAGGUCCAUCUGAUAGGACUGUACCAUGACAAACCAGAGGGGUGAAGACAGGUCCAUCUGAUAGGACUGUACCAUGACAAACCAGAGGGGUGAAGACAGGUCCAUCUGAUAGGACUGCACCAUGACAAACCAGAGGGGUGAAGACAGGUCCAUCUGAUAGGACCGCACCAUGACAAACUAUAUUGUAAAACUAUAUUGGUUGGUGUGACAGGAUGUUUGUCAUCAGUUUUACUACAAUGGAGCUUUAUUACAAAUGUGCUGAGUGGAGUUUUUCCUUUCCUGAAUGUAUAUAUGCAUGUAGACUGUAUAUACAGCAGUAUGUGGACAGCCCUUCACAUUAGUGGAUUUGGCUAUUUCAGCCACACCCGUUGCUGACAGGUGUAUUAAAUUCGAGCACACAGCC